AUGGACGAGCGUGAUCCCAAGGUGGCCACGAUCAUGGUGCCGUCUGAGGACCCCGAGAAGAAGGAGGACGACAAGCCCAAGCACGACAAGGGAAAGCUGGCGGAGAAGGAUGCGGACCUGCCUGAUAUUUCCGAGGAGGACCUUGCGCUCCAGAGCGAGCUCGAAAUGCUUGUUGAACGUCUCAAGGAGCCCGACACUGCGCUCUACCUGCCCGCGCUCGAGUCGCUCCGCACGUUGAUCCGCACGUCGACUAGCUCGAUGACCAGCGUGCCCAAGCCGCUCAAGUUCCUGCGACCACACUACGAGGAGAUGGGCAAGAUCCGCGACAGCUGGUCCGCGGACCUCAAGGAGCAGCGCGCUCUGCUCGCUUCCAUCCUUUCGGUCCUGGCCAUGACGUACUCGGACACUGGCAAGCGUGACACCCUCUACUACCGCCUGAUUUCCGGCUCGGACGAGUCGCCCGGUACUUGGGGACACGAGUACGUGCGGCACUUGGCUGCCGAGCUCGGAGAGGAGUAUGUCGGUCUUGUCGAGGGCGCCGAGGACGACGAGGAGCCUGCUGCUGCCAACGGCGCUGUCGUUGCUGCGUCUGGCGACAAGGCGGACGUCAAGACCGAGGAGCAGCCCAGCCGCAACUAUACCGUCGAGCAGCUGCGUUCGCUUGGUCUCGAGCUUGUCGAUUUCUUCCUCAAGCACAACGCCGAGGUUGACGCUGUCGACCUUUUGCUCGAGCUCGAGUGCAUCGAGGUCCUCACCGACAAGGUCGAUGACAAGACCUACCCGCGUGUCUGCCAGUACAUGGUCAGCUGCGUCCCCCUCCUUGUUCCCCCAGAUGAUGAUGUUUUCCUCCGCACCGCUGCCGCCAUCUACGCCAAGCACGACCGUCUCCCCGAGGCCCUCGCCCUGGCCAUCAGGUUGCACGACAGGAAACUCGUGCGCAAGUACUUUGAGGCCCCGGCGAACCCCGUCAUGAAGAAGCAGCUCGCGUUCCUCAUUGCCCGUGCCAACAUUCCUGUCCACUGGGUCCACACCCCGGACACCAUGGAGCCCGAGAACGACGAGGGCGACGAGUGGGGAGCGCCCCCUCCCGAGCUCAGCACCGAACUUGCCGAGUGCCUGGGCAACCACAACCUGUCGACGCAUUUCAAGAACUUCGGCAAGGCUGUCGGUGUUGAGGAUGCGCGUACCCCAGAGGACAUUUACAAGACCCACCUCGAGUCGCGGUCUACAGCUGUUCACUACAACUCUGCGCGUGACAACCUGGCGUCGACGUUUGUCAAUGCCUUCGUCAACGCGGGCUUUGGUAACGAAAAGAUGAUUGUCCAGGCCGAGGAGGGCCAGAGCUUCAUCUACAAGAACAAGGACCGCGGCAUGAUGAGCGCUACGGCCAGUGUUGGCAUGUCGCUUCUUUGGGACCACGAGGGCGGCAUCGACCACAUUGACAAGUACACCUACUCGCCCGAGGAGCACAUCAAGGCCGGCGCCUUUUUGGCCAUUGGUGUCCUCUACUCGAGCAUCCGCACCCAGCCCGACAUGGCAUGGGCCCUUCUCGAGGAGCACGUCGACAACCCUAGCACCGAAAUUAAGAUUGCCGUCAUCAAUGCCAUCGGUAUGGCCUACGCCGGCUCGGAGCGUCCUUACAUUGUUGAGCGUCUUGCCCCCUACGUUGCCGACGAGUCGUCGUCGAUCGACGUCGCUGCCAACGCCGCUCUCGCCCUUGCCUUUGUCUUUGUUGGUUCGGGUAACGGCGAGGUGGCCAGCAUCAUCCUCCAGACCCUGAUGGAGCGCGAGAACAGCCAGCUUGACUCCGAGUGGGGCAUGUUCUUCGGCCUCGCUCUGGGUCUCAUUUUCCUCGGUCGCCAGGAUGCCGCCGACGCCACCAUCGAGACCCUCAAGGCUAUCGAGCACCCCGUCGCCCGCUCCGCCGAGAUCCUCGUCGAGGUCUGCUCGUACGCUGCUACCGGCAACGUCCUCAAGAUCCAGUCGAUGCUCCACCUGUGCGCCGAGCAUGCCAAGACUGACAGUGACAAGCCCAAGGACGAGGCAACCCCUGAAGUUGAUGGUGCCGCCGACGAGGCCGCCGCCGCCGCCACUACGGCUGCGGGCGACGUCGACAUGGACGCCGCCACUUCUGGCGAGACUACCGCCUCGACUGACGCCCCCGCUGAGCCCGAGGCACCCAAGUCGAUGAGGCAUCAGGCUAUGGCCGUCAUUGGUAUCGCUCUUGUCGCCAUGGGCGAGGAUGUUGGCGCGGAGAUGGCUCUGCGCCAGUUCCAGCACCUCAUGACCUACGGCGACCCCAUUAUCCGCAAGGCUGUGCCCCUCGCCCUCGCCCUGAUCUCCGCUUCCAACCCCCAGCUCACCAUCCUCGACACUCUGUCAAAGUACUCGCACGACUCGGACCUGGACGUCGCAGUCAACGCCAUCUUUGCCAUGGGUAUCGUUGGUGCCGGAACCAACAAUGCCCGUCUGGCCCAGAUGCUCCGCGGCCUUGCUGUGUACUACGCCAAGGAGCCCGACUGCCUGUUCAUGGUCCGCAUCGCCCAGGGCUUUGUCCACAUGGGCAAGGGAACCAUCGGCAUCAACCCCUUCUUCCACGACCGCCAGAUUCUCUCGGGUAACGCCGUCGCCGGUCUCCUUUCGCUCCUGGUCUCGUUCGGCACAGACUCGCACGAGUUUGUCCUUGGCAAGCACCACUGGCAGCUGUACUGGAUCGCCCUCGCCAUGUUCCCCCAGUUCCUCAUCACUUUGAAUGAGGACGGCGAGGAGCAGCCCGUGACAAUGCGUGUUGGACAGGCGGUCAACACAGUGGGCUUGGCUGGUACCCGCUCGACCAUUAGUGGUUUCCAGACCCUUACCUCCCCCGUGCGCGUUGGCACGACGGAGCGUGCCGAAAUGGCGACCAACGAGUACUUCCCGUUCUCUCAGACACUGGAGGGCUUUGUCUUCGUCAAGCGUAACGAAAACUUUGACAAGGACGAGUAA